AAGACGCCCUGUUCAGAAGGCAGAGACGCGGAGAUCUAAAGACGUACUAUGUGAUUUCUUGAACAACAUUCAACAAAUCUCUGCCUGCACUAACUCCUUCCAGUGAUGGUCCAAAACUUUGGCAUCAUGCCAGCAAUGGGAGGUUUGUCUUUGUACUACAUACAGAAACUUCUUGUAUUACUUCUGUGUCUCGUGCAUCAUCUGAACCCUUCCCUGGCUUAUUCUCUGAUAAACUGCUGCAUCGGUUAUUCUAACGACCCCUUGGCUGAUGUUGUUUUGGAUUGCACAAACCAUAAUCUUGUAACUGUCCCAUAUGACAUACCCAGAGAUGCAAGCGUAGUGUAUCUCUCACACAAUCAGCUCGAACAGAUCAACAGGGACGAUUUCCGGGAUCUGUCAAAGCUCAGAUUUUUGUGGCUGGACGGAAAUCAGAUUGCUCAUGUGGAAGAUGGAUCUUUCUUCCAUUUGUUGGCGUUAACAAGGCUCCACAUGGCCAAUAACAAACUCACCGACCUGACAGGCAACCUCUUUCAAGGACUGUCCAACCUUACCAUGCUUGAUCUCUCCGGUAACAACAUUCUGUCCAUUCAUACCUUGGCCUUUCAGUCCCUAUCCAAAUUAGAAACAGUGAUUUUAGAUUCAAACAAGCUCCAACAAGUCGCUGACAUUCAGCCCAUCCUACAACUACCACUUAUACAGAAACUGAGCAUUAGAGGUAAUCUAUUUCACUCCUUUGAGACGAAAGAUCUGCUGCUGAAUGUGCCCUCAAGCCUGAAGGUGUUAGAUGUUUCGGAUAAUGACAAGUUUGACAAGUUCAGCAUCACAACACAGAUCUUUCCUCACCUUGAGAUAAUAGACCUUUCUGGGUGUGGCCAUGUUGCCGGCUGGCAAUGGGACAUACCUGACAGGACUUUACUCAAGAACAUAACUCAGCUGUAUUUUAGUUUCCCGUACAUUACUUUCGAAGGGAUCCGAAAAGUCCUGCAGAGCCUCGACUCACUGAUGCAUCUGAGACUGAAUUAUAUGGACAAGUGGAUCAAAAAAGGUCUCCUAGCUACGGUUUGCAAGAUACCGACACUUAAGAAGCUGGAUCUGUAUUGGAACAAAUUCCCCAAUAUAAGUGGGCAACUUGUAGCUUGCUCUCAGCUCAGUGAGCUUGAUUUGUCAUCUACUUCAAUGACUGAACUGUCUAAAGGCUCAAUUCGACUGAUGAAGCAACUGAGGUUUCUAACUUUAGAGAACAACAUCCUCACCAAGGUGCCCGAUGACAUUCGGAGUCUCUCUUCUCUCAAGAUCCUAAAUAUUGGUAUCAAUACUAUUUGUGAGUUGAGCUGUGAGGAUUUCACAAACACAACGCACCUCAGAGAGCUUUAUUUGUACAACAACCACAUUGCCAAACUGGACAGAUGCGUCUUCGAAAGUCUUAAUGACCUGAAGGUUUUAGAUAUGAGCGACAACCUGCUGUGGACAUUCGGAGACGCCUUUAAAAUAGGUCUGAAGAAGCUUGAGUUCUUGGAUCUGAGCAAUAACUUUGUACUUAUUCUUGAAAAGGGGGAUUUUCAAAGUUUAGGGUCCUUAAAAUAUUUGGAUGUGGUGUCAAAACAUAUCGGGAGGGUGAAACGUAAGGCUUUCGAUGGAUUGAAUAACCUGGGUAACCUAAGUGUAUCUCUUCCACUCGAAUUUGAAAAUAAAUUCAGAGGUUUACAGCAGUUGGAAAAUCUUACCACCUACUUUAUUAUUGACGGUUUCAAAGGUCCUCAACCAAACAAUUAUAAAGCUUUAUUUCAUUUAAAAUCCAUGAAAUUUCUCACAGUAAGAUGCAAGGGAGAUCACACUGGUUAUCCCUUUGACAUACCAGCAGAAAUGCUCCAGGCUAUGAAACAUUUAGAAGACUUUACAGCUGAGAAUUUCUACAUUUCUGCGCCAGAUGUGGACACUUUUCAAUACAAUCGCCAGCUCAAGAGUUUGACAAUCAGACAGACUGAUUUGUCAGACUUGGAUCCUGGACUGUUUCAGCCAAUGCCGCACCUGCAGGUUCUCGAUUUCUCCGAAACUAAGAUCAAGUCUUUGGAUUUUCUAUUCCAGGCCGAUCUGUCUGCACUCAGAUGUUUGAAACUAAGUGGCAAUGAGAUAACCGUGAUCAAUGAAACGGUCUUCCAAUUUCUCCCUGCACUAACAUACCUCGAUCUGCAAAACAACCCUUUCACUUGUGACUGCUCUAACGCCGGCUUUAUCCAAUGGGUGAAGAACAGCAACCAAACUCAGGUUGUUAAUGCCUACCAGUACACAUGUUCCUUCCCUGUGGCUGAACAAGGAAACAAGCUUCUGGACUUUGACAUCCUGUCCUGUUGGAUGGACGUUAGCUUCCUCUGCUUCAUUUCCAGCACUUGUCUGGUUGUUCUUACACUCCUCGCAUCCUUCUUCUACCACUUUCUGAGGUGGCAGCUAGCCUAUGCCUACCGGCUCUUCCUGGCCUUACUAUAUGACAGCAGGAUGAGAAAGGCGGGAGCUCGUCAUCUUUACGAUGCCUUCAUCUCCUACAAUGUUGACGACGAGGCCUGGGUUUACCAAGAGAUGCUUCCGGUGCUGGAAGGAGAGCAAGGCUGGAGACUCUGUCUGCACCACAGAGACUUCCAACCAGGGAAACCAAUCGUAGAGAACAUUACAGACGCCAUAUACAGCAGCAGGAAGACCAUCUGUGUGAUCACCCGGCGUUACCUGCAGAGCGAGUGGUGCUCCAGAGAGAUCCAGAUGGCCAGCUUCCGUCUGUUCGACGAGCAGAAGGACGUGUUGGUCCUGCUGUUUCUGGAGGAGAUCCCGGCCCACCAGCUGUCUCCGUACUACCGCAUGAGGAAGCUGGUGAAGAAACGCACCUACCUGAGUUGGCCCAAGGCCGGCCAACACACGGGAGUCUUCUGGCAGAACGUAGGGAGAGCUCUGGAGACGGGGGACGCUCCCACCGAGACCGCUGACCUGCUCACUGGACCGGCAGGAUGCUGAGAUACAUCAGUUGGAAAAAAGCUACAAAAAAGUUGGAAAAGGUUAGGGGGUAAGGGUUAGAGGGGUUAUGGUUAUUGGGUUAGGGAAUGAGCAAUUUAACUCAAUGUCUUCCCUUGCUUCGUCCGAUGACUGGGCGGUUGUACUGGGAAGCCAAAGGCAGAAAAACGGUCCAUUGCAUUCACUUAAAGGUGCUCUAAGCGAUGUUGGGUGACGUCACUUCUUGUUGACGUUCGAAGUAUAGUCAAACAAAACGUGUCUAGCUCGCCCCUCCCUCCUCCUCAUCCUAUCCCCUCCCCCUCCCUUCCGUGCUUCCGUGCACUGACUGCACUUCCCCCCUCUUGUUGGUUAUUGGCCGGAACACUGUUUGUUAUGUUUGCUGUAUGUGACAAAAAAUUGUAUUGCCUAAAAAAUGCAUGACAUCUAUUAGAGCACCUUUAAAGCCUUCAUUUUUCUGCAUUUCCGACACAUACUUAUUUAUAUGGGUUAGGUUUGGGUUAAAACGCAUCGCCCGGGAUGGCCGCUUCGAGGGACAUGGGCACCAGGGGAUCACUGGUGUGAAUAAAACACUUAAAAUCCUCCUUAAUAAACAAGUUCGGCUAAAAAGCAGCAAAGGUAACGUUAUAUACAAGUACUCCACAUUGACUCUAGGGGUGGCUGUUUGACAAAAAUAGAAACUGCAUAGUAUGCCUUUAAUGGAAUAUUAUUUAUCAUAAUCAACUAAUAGGGGUUAAGUUUAGGGUUAGGUUUAGGGAUUAGGUUUAGGGGUUAGUGUUAGGGUCUCUCUUCCCUCCUCUCUCCCCUCCAUCCCUCUCCUCUAACAAAGAGGAGCUCAACUCUCUCUUUCUCUCUCCCUCCUUUAGACAAAGGGGUUCAACUCUUUAUUUUUCAUUCAGGGUUAUCGGUAUCUCGACUGAUACAGUGCUCAUAUACUCAUAAAACGACACCACUUAAUAUAUCAUUGCUUGUGAUGCUAGUUAGCAAUACACUUGGCAGUAGGUAAAGUUAACCUACUGUUGGCUUACAGCUUGCUUAAAAACUGGUACAAAUCUUAUAAGCUAAACAGUCUAAAGUGUGGCUUUUAUUAAUUAAUUUUACGUAAUAUUGUGAUUCUUUGUUGCUUUUUUAAUGUGCAGCA